GUUUUUUUUUAACACAUAAUUUUGCAAAGAGUUGUUAUAUAACUAGACAGCUGUCAGUUUAUUUGAUGAAUAUAUUUUUAUAUAAAAGCCUUUUACCACGUAAUAAAAAUGAAUACAAAUCGGACCUUUUUACGAUCCAUUAACCCGUGUUUUCCCCGCUCCAUCUCCUGAUCCCGUCCGGAUCUCCUCUGCCACCAUCAAAUUGAUUAUGCCGGCGAAUCUCUCUUACAGUUUGCCCUAAAUCAACACACCAACGAUCGGCAGUUCGGAACUAAGGUCAUCGAUCCAUCGUUGCUCCAUACCCUCCCAUCGACGCACCUCUGUUCUCAAAUAGAAGUCAAACAUAUACUCUUUUCUCCGCUCUGACCAUCGAUGUAGCUACAUCUAUUGCUCUCAUGUCGCAUACAUAGCUUUCUUGCUAAUCAAUUGUUCAAUUGCUAAUAAAUCGGCUUCCUAAUUCCAGGAAAUAUGAUUACAUAGCCUACAUCGACUACGUGGAAUCACUUGACGCGCUCUUUCUCCUCUUCCGGGUUGUGUAUUCAUCUAUUGCCCUUCGACCUAUAUUUUCAGCAUCUAGGGACUGCAGUUCAUCUUCUCCCGCAUUCAAUAGCAUCUGCACAACAGUUGUUCGAUGAAAUGCUCACAUGAAUUGAGAGUGCGUUUCUACUGUGGGUCUGCAUCUCGUUCGACUUAUUGCACAUAUAGUUCCGGUACAAGUUUCUUCCUAAAGUUUCCUGCAGGAUUGGUUGUACCUGAGUAUAUCAUCUCCGUUGGUUCAUAAUCGAUCUGAAUUCAACUCGAUUGUCCACAACGGUUGCUGUAAGCGCGCAGCUCAAACAAGAGCUUUGUCGUCAGUUCUCUUGAAGUUACUAACAUCCGAGAAGCUUCUAGAACCAUUAGUAACGAUCGAGAUGCCAUUAGUGAAUGUUCUUUUUGAUAUGGAAGUUUUCGGAAUAGGUGUUGACAUGGAGGGGUGUAUACAAUCGCGUCUUGUGAUUGGUAAGAAACUGAGAUCUCUUGAAUGUGAAGCUUAUAAAUUGGCGGGUACGUGGUUUUCUUUGUACACGUCAGCAAAUUAAAACUGCCAGUUCGGGAAGGGUAUAAAGGGAAACAACACCCCAGUACUGACAAACAUUGUUUAGAAUUAUUAAGGUUUGAGCAUCCUAUUGUUCCUAUUAUUAAAGAACACCAGACAUUAGCCAAGCUUUUAAACUAUACAUUGGGUUCCAUUUGUUCACUUUCUAAGUUAUCUAUGAAGACUCAAAGAUAUACACUUCAUGGACAUUGGCUCCAAACUUCAACAGCAACAGGAAGGUUAUCCAUGGAGGAUCCCAAUCUUCAGUGUGUCGAGCAUAUGGUUGAAUUCAAGAUAGAUAGCAAUGAAAAAGAAGGCGAUGAUUCAGACAUGGAACUCUACAAAGUAAAUCCUUGUUAUUUCUUCAUUCCAACUCAGCUAGAAUGCGGUCCAGAUGAUGCUAGAGACAAAAUUCAGAGUUUCAAAAGAUCUUUCCCUGGUGUUGCUUCUUGGCUUAAAGACGUUGUUGCAAUCUGCCAUAAAAAAGGUUAUGUGGAAACUUUGAUGGGAAGGAAGCGGUUUUUGGCGAAAGUAAAGUUUGGAAAUAGUGAAGAAAAAUCAAAAGCUCAGAGACAGGCUGUGAAUUCCAUUUGUCAGGGAUCUGCAGCUGAUAUAAUAAAGGCUGCAAUGAUAACUAUACAUGUUGUGAUAGGUGAAGGUGUUGACUAGUCAACGCCUAGCAAUAGCAUCCAAUUUGCUUUGCUGAAAGAUUCCAUAUGAUUAAGGGUCGGUGUAGAAUCCUUCUACAGGUACACGAUUUCUAACAGACUGCAAUUCAUCAAUGGAAAAAGAAAGAGUUCAUUAAUGGAGAAGAAGUAUCAUUCAUUGAAUGUUACAAGAUUUGACAUUUUUCGAAAAAGAAAAAUCCAAUGAUCAAUGAGAAGGCCGAAGAAAUUUGGAAUGGAUUGCUAAAUGAAGAAGCUUCUUCUUCUUGUUCGCCGGCUGAAAUAUGCAUGAAAAAAAUACAAUUCGUGUAAUUGGAAAAGUUACAAAUGGAAGUGGAAUUGGAAAAGGAAAAAUCAAAAGCCUUGGAGGAGGAAAUUCGAGUAAUUAAAGAAGAGCAACUACAAUUUCAAGAAGAGCAGAUCAAAUAUCAAGAGGAGCAAAAUAAGAAAAUGGAAUUUAUGAUGAGUGAGCUUUCACGUUUAUCUCAAUUGCAUUGAUCAAUUGAACUUACUUUUCUUAUUAAAUGAGCUUCACCCGGUUGAUCUUUAUAUGUUUGUUGUUUGAAAUAUUGGAUAAAACGUAUGGAUUUUUUUUAAAUUGACAUUUAAUUUUCAUAUUAUAAAUGUGAAGAUUUAUUUGGUUA